AUGUCUGAAAUUCGAAGUUCUCAAAGCUCUGAAGAGUAUCAUAUGAAUUACGAAAUUUAUUCUCACUUUGAUCCUGAAAGCGAUAUUGAUCUUGCUUUACCUUCUGACGAAUAUGUUACCAGCAACUUACCUAUAAUUGACGAUACCAAUGAAACUGACGUGUUCGAAGAUGGUGAUUCUGAAAAUGAGCUUGAAGAUAGUUCCCUAAAAGAGAUAUAUACGGAUCAGACUUUCACUUCAUUUGAAGUACUUGAGCAAUGUCUAAAACAUUAUUCGAUUCGGAUUGGUUUUGAAACUAAGAUAGUGCGAGUUGAAAAAGAAAACGACAUUUGUGUACGAAAAACAUAUAAAUGUCGACAUGGAGGUAAAUACUUGCCUAAGAAGGUGUUGGACCCUACAAAAAAUCGAGAGCGGGAAUCGGCUUCUAAUACACAUUCAACACAGCGGGUCGAAAGUAUAAACCCUGUUAUAAAAUUAGAGGCAAAUUCUGGAAAUUCCUUAUGUCAGCUUCAAGCCGGAAUUGAAUUACGGUUAAAAGACGAAGCAAAAUAUGCAAGUCUACAGGAAUUUCGAAAUAUGAACCCAACAAGAGGUCUUCCUCAUGUUUCCAAUACAAUUUUUAAAAGCAUUGAUGACAUGUGUAAGAAAUACCUUACGCCAAAUUCAUUAGCUUUACAGCGCAAGCAAAUGCUGGAAAAAGAUGAUUAUGAGGAGCCACAGGUAUUAUUAGAUAUGGCUUUAGAGGAUUGUGCUGAAAAAGGUCUUGCAAUGUUUGAUAAUGAUCAAGAAUCUUCGAUUCAGAUAAUACAAAAUGAAAAUAAACCACCUACUGGAACAUUUCAGGUAUUAGAAAGGAUUCGCGGUCAAGAAGUUAAUAGUAGAGUUGCUGUGGAAUUAGAAUCGAAAAAAGUUUCUUAUGGUUGUGGUUUGGGGCUUUGUAAAAAGGCUCUCAACAUAGCAAUUACGAAUGAUUCUAAUAAGGCUUUGGAAAAUCUCUUGCAACGAUUUAUUGAUGAACAGAUUUUAUCACAAUGUCAAAACACAUACGAACCAUCUGUGCAAGAAUUAGAUCAAAGGACCAAUGAUCUUAAAAUUUCAGACCCACUUCAACAUAAGGGUAAGGGCCGUCCUGCAAACAAAAGAUAUUUAUCUGCUAAUGAGAAUCAUGAUAUCAGGAACGUUGGCUCGAACCAUCAAGAUGAUGAAACAUUAGAAUCAGGAUCAAUGAAAAAAAACAAGCGGCAAUGUGCUAUGUGUAAGUCAUGA